AUGCACGGGGUGGUAGAAUACGACAUGAGAGGGGUGCGUGGCCCUUUAGUCCACAAUUUCGUACUGCUCAUCAACGCCCUAUUCUUCAACAUGAAAAUGAUCGGCUUGCCCGACAUUUAUCCCGUCGAUUACAGCGAGUGCCUUCGCAAAGGCAAACAAGACACCUUCGAUUUCAUAAUAGUGGGCGCAGGCGGAUCGGGUUGCGUCCUAGCCAACAGGCUCACCGAAAACGGAAAGUGGUCGGUGCUGCUACUAGAAGCCGGUGAAUACCCCAGCCCUUCAGCAGAAGUGCCGGAGUUGUUUCGAUCGCUCACCGGCACCGACGAGGACUGGAAAUUCGUCAACGAAAAAGACAAGCACGCGUGUAACGCCUACACCGACGGGUAUUGCGAGCUGCCGAGAGGCAAGGUGUUAGGCGGUACCAGCAGCAUCAACAACAUGGUGUACGUGAGAGGUUUGACCGAAGACUACGACAGGCUGUCGUUCAGUUCGUGGGGCUCGAACGCCACCUACACCAUUUUCGAGCAAUUGGAAGACUAUAGAGGCACCGAGGAGUUCAAUAUAGCCUACGGCAUCGACGGGCCCAUUCCGUUGGAGCACAUGACCGGCUACGCCGACGUGAAAAAUUAUUUGAAAAACGUUUACAAAAAGGUGGGUUUGCUGAGCAUGUCGCACCGGCACGCGUUGGGCUUCUCCGAUUUCCUGAGCACCACCAGGAACGGCGAGCGCCAGAACAUGGCCAAGAACUUCCUCACGCCGAUCAAGAACCGGCCGAAUUUGUUUCUGUCGCUGAAAAGCGAUGUGACGGGCAUCGUCGUCAACGAGCUGGUCGAUCUCCGAGUGGCCGGCGUCAACGUCACCAUCGGCGGCCGGAACCUCUAUCUCAAAGCCAGGAAGGAGGUCAUCCUGACGGCGGGGCCCAUCAACAACGUUAAAUUGAUGAUGUUGAGCGGCCUCGGACCUCGCGGUUAUUUGAACGAGAAGAAGAUACGCGUGGUGGCCGAUUUACCAGGUGUUGGUAAGAACCUCCAAAUGCACCUGCUGAUUCCGAUGUUUGUGGCGUAUCGCCCGCAAGGCAGCGUUUGUUCGCAAGAUUUCUAUACAGAAACGGAUCGCAUCAAGGAUACUUACGAUUAUAUUAUCCACCGUACCGGUGCGUUGACAGAUACGAAUAUUAACAAUUUUUUCUCGUAUAUAACGACUAAAUCGAAGAGCUACACGGUACCCGACAUCGCCGUGAGCCAUUUGUACUUCAAAAUCGACGAUAGAAGCUUGAUCAAUUGGAUGGAACAUUCGAAAUACGAGAAAAGCAUAAAGAACGUCAUAUUGAAGACGAACCAAGAGAGAGCCCUUUACAUAUUCUACCUGCGUUUGCUCUAUCCCGAAUCCAGAGGGGAGGUUUUCCUCAACGAUACCUACCAUCUAGGUGACGAAUUCGAGUACACCGACGAGCUCGUCAGUUAUCCUCCUCUUUCCGCAGGCAAUCCGAAAAUCAUCCCGAACUUCAUGUCCGACCGAGACAACGUCGAUUUCGACAAGCUCCUCUCCGGCUUCGAUUUCAUCACCAACAUGACCGAUUCGAUGAAGGACGAGCUGGAGUUCCUCGACUUGGACAUACCGAAUUGCCGCAAUCACAAGUUCUGCACGCUCGGCUACGUCAGGUGCUACAUCUACAACAUGGCGUCGCCGAACUACGACGUGUCCAGCUCGACGCAGAUGGGCGCCGAAUGCGAGAAGAUGGCCGUGGUGAAGGAGAACCUGGAGGUGAGGUCGGUGAGGUGUCUGCGCGUGGCCGAUUCCAGCGUGCUGAAUCUCAUACCGAUAUCGAACACGAUGGCCGCCGACGCCAUGAUCGGUUUCAGGAUGGGGGAGAUUUUGAAGACUAAAUGGGAUAGCGAUUACAUCUCGCAGCACACUUUGGAAGAGACCGGAUCGACGACGACUAUAUUGUAA